AACUGAUCAGUCUCAUUUGAAUAUUCGACGCUGCUGGUACUGCGACUCCGAUUCAAAAAUGUCUUUCCAACUCUUAUCUCUGGGGUUGACUUUGGCUCUUGUGUUUUUAAUCAGUGGACAAUGGACUGAAGCUCGUCCCCAAUAUCCUUCUUAUGCAACAGGCGGCGGCCACGAGGUUCAUCAUCGACAUCAUGGUCAUGAUCAUCAACACAGGCACAGAUUAGAACACGGUCCAGGGUUCGGUCCAGGAUUCGGUGGAGCACCUCCCUCUUUCUCCCAGUUUCAACCUCCUCCUACCGGUGGGCCAUUUCGAGGACAUCAUCCUGGUGGUCGUUUUGGAUUAAGACCCGGUAAUCAUUUCGGAGAGACUCAGCCAGCUCAGCCACAACCCCACAUCCACCAACCUGAAAGAGGUUUCAACAGAGAUCAGCAACCAGGGGGCAAUUUCAACAGGAGGCAGCCAGGCUCUGAGGAGUCAGGCAGCAAUGAGCAGUCACCAUCCUUUCCCGGUGGCUUCCAGCAACCUGGUGGCGGUGGAAACACCUUUCAGCCACGACCUGGCCAAAAUUCAGGAGGUUUCCAACAGCCUGGACAAAACUCAGGUGGAUUCCAGCAACCUGGUCAAAACGUAGGUGGAUUCCAGCAACCUGGUCAAAACGUAGGUGGAUUUCAGCAGCCUGAACAAAACGUAGGUGGAUUCCAACAGCCUGGACAAAACGUAGGUGGAUUCCAACAGCCUGGCCAAAACUCAGGUGGAUUCCAACAGCCUGGCCGAAAUUCUGGAGGGUUCCAGCAGCCUGGCCAAAGUUCAGGAGGAAUUCAACAGCCUGGCCAAAACUCAGGGGGAUUCCAACAGCCUGGCCGAAAUGCAGGUGGGUUCCAGCAGCCUGGCCAAAGUUCAGGUGGAUUCCAACAGCCUGGCCAAAACUCAGGUGGAUUCCAACAGCCAGGAGGGAACCAAGGAGGAAACCCGGGGAGCUUCAAUAAUGCCCUCCAACCUCGUCCCGGCAGCGAAGAUGACUUCUCGCAGUUCAACUUCCAGGGACCGAACACUUUGCAGCCCAGACCUGGUCAGGACCAAGAGGCCGGAGGCACUGACGGUGGAAGGACCAUCCAAGCACUUCCUGGACAGCAGCCACAUUCUGUUCCUGGCCAAAGCUCGUCCCCCGGAAAUGUGGGAAGCAAUAUCAACGAACUGUUCAAAACCCAAGACUUUCUGUCGCCCGAAUUGAACGAGGCGGCAGGAUCAUACAGGAAUCCCAAGCAGGAUGCUGAGUCAGUGGAGCCGGAUUCCCUGGACCAGCGCAGCCUGUUUGUCACAGAUCCCAAGUGCGCGGAGGGCACCAAACUCAUGGCAGGACGUUGCCGAAAGGAAGCCUAGAAAAAGCCCGGGAAAACCUUCCAAUCAGAAACAUAUUUUUAUCUCUUUGUUCACCCCAAACUUAAUUAUGCCAAUAAAUCUGACGUGCCAUUCUGAGUAAUCAAAA